AUGGAGGAAAUCAACAACAUCACAGACCAGUUGUGUUCUCUUCGUUCUAUCCUACAUUCAGAUGAUUGUCUUCAAAUCUUGCCAUCAGGAGAUUAUCAACAACUGCAAAUAAAAUUUGAUUAUGAUAUUCAAAUAAGUUGUUUCUUUGAUUUACAAAAUAUUUCAAAUCAAUCAUUAACAAUCGAUAAUUUACACGGUUUACGAAUUAUUAAAUUAUCGAAUAAAUGUCCAUUAGAUAAAGAUCAGUGGACAAAUAUUCAGCAAUAUUUUAAUGAACUUAUCCAGCAAUCAAAUGAGUCAACAUCCCUUGAAUCAGUUUUUCAAUCAAUUCAAGAUUAUUUAUUGAACACAAUGACAAAGGAUAGAAAAUCAAGGCGAAAACAGAAAAAAUCCACGAACAUAUCUUCAAUAGAAGAAACACCAACGCCGACAAAUAGAUUUCGCCAUUCAGAUUUAAUAUUUAAUCGCAUUUUACACGAUAAAACGAUUGAUCGAUCACAAGUUGUCAUUGGAUAUGAAGAUCGUUUUACAGGUAUUCACGAAAUACCAUUCAAUGAAUUCAAGAGAGUACACGAACAUGAGUAUGGAAUUCCAUUGCAUCGUAUUCGUCAUUUUAAAAUCAAUGGAAAUUUUGCAUGGGAUCGAAGCAAACGAUUAGAUCUACUAACAGGAAGUCAACAACCAAACAUCGCAUCGAAUGAUGAUUGUCGAAGUGUCAAUCUUAUCCAAGGACUUUAUUAUUUCGAUCAAUCUCUCCAACAAUGGACUGAAUGUCCACAUAUACCAUUAACAUCCGAUGAUCCAAUAAAUUCAUCGACAAGUGAGACAUGGUUACCCGAACGAUGUCAUUUCAUUACAUGGAAUAUUCUAUUUGAUUAUUAUCAAUCAGCACUUAUUCAUAGUCAACAAAGAUAUCGAUCAAUAUUAGAUACACUUAAAUCAAUCUUACCCGAUGUCGUUUGUUUACAAGAAGUUACUAAAACUUUUCUUGAUCUUCUCUUAAAUGAAUUAUGGUUUCAACAAAAUAACUAUUAUAUUAUUAUCACGAAAAAUAUUAUUAAUAGUAAUGAAGAAAAAUCAUAUGGACAAUUGAUGAUUAUGAAAAACUUUCGACCACGAUCAUUUGCAAUAUGUCCAUUAGAUCUUUCUGACGAUGAGAAUCUCAAAUUACUAACAACAAAAAAACCUAAAAUAAUGAAAGAAUUAAUUAUCGCUCGAUUUGGUUUGAGUGCUAAAGUUACAAUUGAUUUAGUUAAUCUUCAUUUACACAGUGAUUUGGCUCGUAAUGCAACUGACAAACGUUGUCAAACUUUAAAUAAUCUCUUCCGAACAAUGAAAACACAUAGUUAUAUGCUUAUUGGAGAUUUUAAUUUUGGAGACGCUCAUUCAAAAGAACAAAAUAUUCUUAACACAUAUGAAAAUGACAUACAUGAUUUAUGGAAAGAAGUUUAUCGUCUUGAUGAGGAUCCUGGUUUUACAUAUGAUCCAUCACGGAAUAUUUGUGCUAAAAUCAUAUCAGAAUCUCAAAAAAGUCGUCGUUUAGAUCGAUAUUUAAUUCACACACUAUAUAAUCUAUCUUAUUCAAUUGAAAAUCUUUCAAUGAUUGCUAUUGAUACAAUACCAAUCGAUAAUAAUCAACAAAUGAAUCUAUCUGAUCAUUAUGCAUUAGAUUUAGUUAUGAAUUUUCGAACAAGAUCUAUAAGUCAUCGUUCUGCACUUGUCAUUUUACCAACUAUAGAUACAUGGCCAAUAAUUGAUUCAUUUUGUGGAUAUUAUGAUUCAUCUACAAAUCAUUGGGGUUCACAUAUUAAUUUAUUAUGGCCAUUUUAUAAUUUAACUGAUUGUCAUGAUCAUGAAGAAAUUCUUUUAAAAUUAAGACUUCUAUUAUGUCAAUAUUCAUUAUUUUCUAUUAAAAUAAAUGAAAUUGAUUCAUUUAUUGAAAAUAAUGUUAGUUUUUUCAAAUGUGACGAACAAACAACAAAUCAUGUUAAAGAAUUACGUCAACAAAUUGCACAAAUAUUUCCACAAUGUUUAAAAAACAAUCGAAAUACUUAUUAUCCACAUAUGACAGUUGCUCAAUUUGACAGUCAUGAGGAAUUCAGUCAAGCCAAACCAUCAUUAGAUUUUAAUUUUGGUGAUGUUCAUUCAAAAGAACAAAAUAUUCUUACAACAUAUGAAAAUGACAUACAUGAUUUAUGGAAAGAAGUUUAUCGUCUUGAUGAAAAUCCUGGUUUUACAUAUGAUCCAUCACGGAAUAUUUGUGCUAAAAUAACAUCUGAAUCUCAAAAAAGUCGUCGUUUAGAUCGAUAUUUAAUUCAUACAUUAUAUAAUCUAUCUUAUUCAAUUGAAAAUCUUUCAAUGAUUGCUAUUGAUACAAUACCAAUUGAUAAUAAUCAACAAAUUAAUCUAUCUGAUCAUUAUGCAUUAGAUUUAAUUAUAAAUUUUCGAGCAAGAUCUAUAAGUCAUCGUUCUGCACUUGUCAUUUUACCAACUAUAGAUACAUGGCCAAUAAUUGAUUCAUUUUGUGGAUAUUAUGAUUCAUCUAUAAAUUAUUGGGGUUCACAUAUUAAUUUAUUAUGGCCAUUUUAUAAUUUAACUGAUUGUCAAGAUGAUCAUGAAGAAAUUCUUUUGAAAUUAAGACUUUUAUUGUGUCAAUAUUCAUUAUUUUCUAUUAAAAUAAAUGAAAUUGAUUCAUUUAUUGAAAAUAAUGUUAGUUUUCUGAAAUGUGACGAACAAUCAACAAAUCGUGUUAAAGAAUUACGUGAAAGAAUUGCGCAAAUAUUUCCACAAUGUUUAAAAAAUAAUCGAAAUACUUAUUAUCCACAUAUGACAGUUGCUCAAUUUGACAGUCAUGAGGAAUUCAACCAAGCCAAACCAUCAUUAGUUUUAAAUGAAUCAUUUAAAUUUCCUGUUCAAUAUCUUUACAUUUUACAACGACCACAUGAUAAUGAUACAACACCAUUUCAUAUUGCUCAUCAAAUUCCAAUCGGUCAUAUACUUCAAUCAAUAAAUUAUAAACAAUUGAAUUCUGUUCAUAUAAAAUUACAAGAAUUCUUUCAAGUAAUGAAUCUCUAUGAAACGAAUCAAUCAUACAAAAGAAAACAAAAGAAAUUUGAACAACUUUCAACGUGUUUUCAACAAAUUUUCAAUGAAGACACAUUACAUUGUUUUACUCAUUCAUUUUUACCAUAUGGAAGUUUUCGUAUUGGUAUUAAUGGACAAGAUGUUGAUACAAUAUUUCUUCUCAAUGAAAUCGAAUCAAUGAAUAACGAAACAACAUUUGAUGAAACACUUCGUCAAUUAAAACAUGAUCCGAAUGCAUUGAAUAAAUAUAUUGUUAAUAUACUUGAAACACAAAUUAAUGAAAAUUUCAAAGAUGAAAUCAUUUACUGUAUGAAAAUUGAAGCAUUAUUUCCUAUUAUAUCGAUUUUGUUUACUGAUCAAACAAAAGUGGAAAUAUUUGUCCAAAUCGAACUAAAUCAUGAACAUAAAGUUGAAAAUGAUUCACAUCUUUCAAGAUCUAUACAUGGGGUGCACGACAUGGAACGUUUGCUUGUACAUGUUCGUUCGCCACCUAUCUUUCAACAUCUUCUAACAUAUAUUCGUACUUGGGCUCAACACAAUGGUCUCUAUGGACAAGUAUAUGGAUACCUAAGUGGUUAUGCUUGGGCUAUUCUCUGUGCACAUAUUUGUCAUCAAUAUUUAUCAUCAAUUAAAUCUCUCUUGUCAAUCGAAGAGUUUUCCAUUGAUGAAUUUUUCUCAUUAGUUAAACAUUUCUUUGCAACUUUUGCACAAUUUAAUUGGUCGACUGAUGAAUUUAGUCUUUAUCCAAAAUCACACGAUCGAAUAAGUUCGUCGGAAAAACUAUUAGUCUAUCAACGUGGUUCAAUGCGUAUUCUGUCACCAAGUCCACCUUUUCAUAAUGCAGCACGUUCAACAAAAAAAUCGACACGGGAUUUGAUUAUUCAAGGUUUUCAACGUGUUGUACGAUUACUUGACUCAAUAGAAACAAUUACAACUGAAGAUAAAUUAAAUGGACUUAAGGAAAUAAUUAAAUUUAACAAGACUUUUCCUAAUGAAAAGAUGAAAUCAAUUGUUCAAUUUACAAUUUCAAGUGAAAAUACGAACGAAUUAGAUUCAUGGAUUGGUUGGAUCAAAUCCCGUUUAUCGUUCUUUUUCAGUGACUGUGAAGAAACAUGUCAUUAUACUUUUCAAUCACAAAAUGCAAUAGAAUAUCAAUCGAAUAAGAACGAAGCACGGUAUGCUAUUGCUUUUCAUGUUCAACCAACAAUAUUACAACAAUGUCAACAAUUUACUAUUUGUUUACAAAAGUUGAGUGUUCAACUGAAUUCAUUUUCGAAUCGAACACAAUCAAUGAAGUUUGAUCUGAAAAUAAUGUCAAUAGAUAAUUGGAAACUUGAACAAAUGAAACAUAGCGAUAGAUAA